AUUAUUGUCUCAGUUUUGAUAGUUUUGUAUGUUGCUCCCAAGAUUAUGACUUAGUGUCAUCACUUUAGGGUUGUGUUUUAUUUUUGAAGGUUCAUGAAACUGGAUUUAACUAAAUAAUGUUUGCUCUGAUUAGACUUGAAGACAUGAAGACUUCUUGGAAAUUUUUCACAAGUGUUUGCAUACUUUUAUUUCUCCUUGGCUCUUGUUCUGUCUACCAAAACCAUUGUCUUGCUGAUGCUCAAGAAGACGCCAUUGUGAUGAUGACACUGCAACUAGAUGCUUCUAACGUGACGAGACGACCAAUUCCUGAUACUCUGUUCGGUAUCUUCUUUGAGGAAAUUAAUCAUGCUGGAGCAGGUGGACUAUGGGCUGAACUUGUUAGCAACAGAGGUUUUGAAGCUGGUGGACAAAACAUUCCUUCUAAUAUCUGGCCUUGGUCCAUUAUUGGAGAUGAAUCAUCCGUUUAUGUCGUUACAGACCGUUCUUCAUGUUUUGAGCGCAACAAGAUUGCUCUUAAAAUGGAAGUGCUUUGUGACAGCAUUGGCAGUAGCAAUACUUGUCCUUCAGGAGGAGUCGGGGUUUAUAACCCCGGUUAUUGGGGCAUGAACAUUGAAGAAGGGAAGAAAUACAAUGUGGUGUUCUUUGUGCGUUCGACUGGGGACAUCGAUCUGUCUGUGUCAUUUACAAGUUCUAAUGGAUCAUUGACUCUUGCUUCAGAAAAUAUUAAAGCUUUGGCUUCUGAAGUUUCAAACUGGACUAGAAGGGAAUUGAUUUUAGAAGCAAAUGGAACUGAUAAUGGUGCAAGACUUCAGUUUACAACUACCAAAAAAGGUUUAAUUUGGUUUGACCAAGUCUCAGCCAUUCCUAUGGAUACUUACAAGGGACAUGGUUUCAGAAAUGAUCUUAUCCAAAUGAUGAUCGAUCUAAAACCCCGUUUCCUCCGAUUCCCGGGUGGUUGUUUUGUGGAGGGUGACUGGUUAGGCAAUGCGUUCCGCUGGAAAGAAACCGUAGGAGCUUGGGAAGAGAGACCUGGCCAUUAUGGUGAUGUUUGGAAGUACUGGACUGAUGAUGGCCUUGGCCACUUUGAAUUCUUUCAACUUGCAGAAGACAUUGGUGCAGCCCCAGUAUGGGUGUUUAACAAUGGGAUCAGUCACAAUGAUCAAGUUGAAACACAAAAUGUCAUGCCUUUUGUUCAAGAAGCGCUUGACGGUAUAGAGUUUGCUCGUGGAGACGCUAAUUCUACAUGGGGAUCGGUUCGAGCUGCAAUGGGACAUCCAGAGCCUUUUGAACUGAAAUAUGUUGCGGUCGGCAAUGAAGACUGUGGCAUGCCUUACUACAGAGGAAACUAUCUUGAGUUCUAUGAUGCUAUCAAGAAAACUUAUCCAGAUAUCAAAAUCAUUUCAAACUGUGAUGCAUCGUCUCAACCACUCGAUCACCCUGCUGAUUACUUUGAUUACCAUAUUUACACUCUUGCAAGUGACUUAUAUGUCAGGUCCCAUGACUUUGACAAUACACCGCGCAACGGUCCAAAGGCUUUUGUUAGCGAAUACGCUGUAAACAAAACAGAUGCUAAUACCGGGAACCUUUUGGCCGCUCUUGGCGAAGCAGCCUUCCUCCUUGGUUUGGAAAAGAACAGUGACGUUGUAGGAAUGGUUAGCUAUGCACCUCUCUUUGUCAACACAAACGAUAGAAGGUGGAUCCCUGAUGCAAUAGUUUUUAACUCUUCUCAUCUAUAUGGAACUCCUAGCUAUUGGGUUCAACAGUUCUUCACCGAGUCAAGUGGAGCAACUCUUCUCAAUUCUACACUUAUGGGAAACUCUUCUAUUGUUAAAGCGUCUGCAAUCUCCUUCCAAACCAAUGGCAAAGAUUACAUACAGAUUAAGGCUGUAAACAUUGGAGAGAAAUCAAUAUAUUUGGAUGUUGCAGUGACAAGAUCGAUCGCGAAAUUCUAUUUAUUUAAGAAGAAAGUACUUACCUCUACCAAUGUGAUGGAUGAGAAUUCAUUCUCAAAUCCAGAGAUGAUUGUGCCACAAGAAAGCUUGAUGGAGAUGACUGAGGAGGAUGACCUUAUGUUUGUUCUCCCGCCGCACUCGCUCUCCUCCUUCGACUUGAAAGACUCUGCAAAUAUUAUCAAGAUGCCACUAGCUGAACCCUACAAGAAAACUUCAACAAUUUGAAUUGCAGACAACAUGUUGCAGACUUCAUGUGUUAUGUCUUUUAUUACUCUUGAGUGGUCAAUAAAUAUAUAAACGUAUGUGUUGGUUUAUGUUAUAACUUAUAACAAAGUUAGUUGAUCAGAAUCACAUUAUGCCCUUGGAUAA